AUCAUCAAUAUCCAAUUAACUCCUUAUUGAGAAACAGAUAAAGAGAAGUUGGCUAUGGCAGCUUUAUCCUCCAAUUCUUUAGCUGAAUUCCUUCUACUUCUUAUUGCCAUUAGUUCAUACUUAAACUCUAGCUCAGCUGCUAGAGUCACCACAAAAUCCAGCACAGAAUUCAUAAGAACAUCUUGUAGUACAACAACUUAUCCAAGACUUUGCUAUACCUCCCUCUCUAUCCAUUCAAGCACGAUCCAAACAAGCCCUAAGCUCCUAGCCAAUGCAGCCCUUAACGUGACACUGUCAUCAGCUAAAUCAACUUCAACCAUGAUAUCGACGCUCUCUCAAACCCAUCGCAUGAAGCCUAGGGAGGUGUCCGCCAUGAAAGAUUGUGUAGAGGAGUUGGGUGACGCGGUGAACGAGCUUGGAAAAUCCAUGGAUGAGAUGAGUCAUGCUAGACAGUCCAACUUUCAGUCGAUGAUUGAUGACGUACAAACUUGGGUUAGUGCUGCUUUGACUGAUGAGAGCACGUGUAGUGAUGGGUUCGCAGGAAAUGCCAUGAAUGGGAAUUUGAAGACUGCUGUUAGGGGAAGGAUUGUGAAUAUAGCACAGUUGACUAGCAAUGCUUUGGCUUUGAUCAACAAUUAUGCCUCAGACCCAGAAAUGUUGGGUUGAGUGUGAAAUUAGUUGAUGAAACGAGAAAUCCUUCGCUCACCUCAGACCCAGAACUGUGUUGGUUGGUUUUAAUAUGUAUCUGGUUAAAUCUGAUAAAAAUACAAUCCACCUUAGUCAA